AGUAGAAGUAGAAGCAGAGCUGCGGAAAGAUCUGGAAACAGCAUGUACACACCCAUGCCCCAGAGCCGGUCUCCAUUCUGGACAUCAGUGCAGGACCCCGCCUGUUUGUUCGUCGGGCUGGUGGAGAAGAUGAAGCCAGUGCUUUUCUUCCUGGGGGCCUCCUACCUAGUGCUGUUCAAAGGCACGGAAGAGUUCGCCCACCUGUACCUGUGGCCAGGCCAGCGGUCCUCCCGGGAUGCGCAGGGAGCCUGCGCUGUGCACACUGUGCUCCUUGUCACCCAGCUCAGGGAGCGGCCUGUGCAGCACCGAGAGGUGCAGGGCAAUGAGUCUGACCUCCUCAUGAGCUAUUUCCCAAGGGGCCUCAAGUACCAGGAAGAUGGAGUGGAGUCAGCAUUUCACAGGAUCUCCGCAGAGGCCACCCCAGCUGCCAUCAGGAAACUCUACCAGGCGAAGGGGAAGAAGCAUAUCCCCGCCACUGACUGGGACAGCUUCAACACCGGGGGCAGCUUCAUCCUGGACCUGGGCUGGGACAUCUUCGCCUUUGGCAGAAAAGCCAACAUCCUGGAGCGCAACAAGGCUCGGGACCUGGCCUUGGCCGUCAGGGCCAGUGAGCAGCAGGGCAAGGCCCAGGUGGAGAGCUUCACUGAUGGGGAGGAGCCUGCCGAGAUGACCCAGGUCUCUGACGCCACAGGACAGACGAACCUGACCCAGGCAGCUGACUCCAGCGCCUUUGAUGAGUUGCUGAUACAUGAUGACUGCUUUGUGCUGGACAACGGGCUCUGUGGCAAGAUCUACAUCUGGAAGGGGCAGAAAGCUAAUGAGAAGGAGCGGCAGGCUGCCCUCCAAGUGGCCGAGGACUUUGUCUCUGGCGUACGGUCCCCGCCAAACACUCAAGUGGAGAUUCUGCCCCAGGGCCAUGAGAGUCUCAUCUGCUAGUGAUUCUUCAAGAACUGGAAAUGGUUCCUCCUCUUGGUGGCUUCCCAUGACCUGUCAGUAUUGGAUAUUGGGAUGGAUACCUUUCUACAGGAUCCCACAGCUCUACGUGCUUCUCCCAUUAUGCCCAUUGCACUUGGUAUCAUGUCACAUAGACGGUCUUCCUCUGGAGAAUAUAAGCUCUGGAAAGGUGGAGCCAUAUCUAUAAAGCUCUAUAUUACAGACAUGAGUCCCCAAUAUGGUGCCUACUACACAGUAGACCUCGCCUAA